CGUCAGUGCCCAACUCGCUGUCUAUUUAGUAACUGAAGGAGAAAAUGUCAGAUUGAAAUGCUCCAUUCCUUCUUAUAGAGGCAAAGAGUUCUUCUGUAAGGAACCAUGUAAACAAAAAGACAUUCUCAUUGAAACAACUGAUUUCUCAGCUCGGAGAGGCAGAUACAGCAUUGAUUAUGACGAUAGACAUUUUUUUGUGACCAUCACUCAGCUGACCAAGUCUGACUCAGGACGCUACAAGUGUGGUGCGGUUACAGCAGGUGCAUACCAGAAUAUUUAAAUCAUCGUUGUUGAUGCAAAACUUGUUGGUGGUCCUUCUGCAGAAAAAACAAUCGAUGCUAGAACUGGGGGAAAUACUGUAGUUCAAUGCUCCUUUACUCGCUAUGGGACCGGGAAGUUCUUCUGCAAGGAGGAAUGUGAAGGAGACAUUCUUGUUGGAAAGACUUACAAAGAUUUGAAAAAAGGAAGAUACAGAAUCAGAUAUCUUGAAGGAACUCCAACAGAAGGAUUUGUGAUUGUGAGCAUCGACCAGCUGACCCAGUCUGACUCAGGAUGGUACAGGUGUGGUCUGGGCAGACCUGACUCUAAAGAUCCAUACCAGAGGUUUGGUCUCAUCGUCACUGAUGCCUCUACAGAAAAAACAAACCAAAGUGAAAGCUCCACAUCUUCACCAGCUUCCCCUAAAACCACAGAGCAACCUGAAUCAACAACUACUACAGGUGUGGUCCUGUAUGUGUCUCUGACUCUGGUCGUCCUGGUCAUCGUGUCAUCACUGUCUGUGCUGGUAUUCUGCAGGAAGAGGAUUUGUAAAGACAAAAGUGAGGGACCAGAGAGUCCAGGAUGUGAGGGAGUCGAUGGCCUACCUCACCGUCAUGACUCGAUACCUUAAUAAACUCUACCAGAACUGUACGCUGACGUGUCGCUCCAGAGAGCUGGAGGGGGAUAGAGAGGAUGAGGAAGAGGAGAGAGGGACCCCCCCCUGCUCUCUUAUCUCUUUUGCAGAGUUCAACCACGGUGCAAUCAAAAACAAGAGUCAGACGGUGAAAGAAGUGUUUGCCCGGCAGCUGAUGCAGGUGAGCGGACUGUCGGGAGACAAAGCAGCUGCUAUACUGGAGCUCUACAGCACCCCGCUCAGUCUCCUGACAGCCUAUGAGCGAUGUGCAGGUGAAGCUGAUAAGGAGAAGCUCCUCUCCUCCAUCAGAUACGGGAAGCUCAAAAGGAACCUGGGUCCAGCUCUGAGCAGAACAGUUUAUCAGCUGUACUGCACUCAGGGAGCACUGACGUAGCUUAAUAUAAAAACAUAUCAUGAACAUAUUUUCACUUAGUUUCCAUCCCUACCUUACUUGAAUUAAACACAUUUUAGGAUGGAAACGUCCUUUGUUAUGUAAAUAUUAACAUGCUGCUAAGUUCUCAUCACCGUAACAUAUUGCUACUUGUAUGAAGAAUUUCACAAACGCCCCCUGAAACUUAAAUAAAGUUUAAGAUUUUAAAUAGUAUUGUUGUUAUUGCAUAUGGAUGUUUUACACUACAGUUUGUGAAGAAAGCACUGUGGUAAACUUCUAGACAGUCAGAAAUGAAAUAAAGAAGAAUAUUUGUAUUUGUAAAA